AUUGACUUAUGUUUCAUGUAUUAGUAUUUAUAGUUGCUUUUGUACCAACCCAACUCCAACAAUUGUUUUUUUUUAUUUAUUUAAUCUCCAAAAGGAUGACGUGAAAUGGUACGUAUUUAUUCCCAAUAUAUAAUUUUCUUUGUUUAUCGUUUUCCCAGUCAAAAAAGAAAAAAAGCCCACAUAGUGUUUUUGUGCCUCGUCCUCAUCUCCCAAUUCCAAAGAGAAUUUGUGGUCAUUUCUCAAACUCUAGAAAUCUCAGAGUAGAACUAUUUUACUCUGUUAGAUCCUUUGACUUCCCUUCCCUGUUCGGAAAUUCAGGUAGGAUUACCUGAGGUUUCACUGUUAUUUCUUUGCUGUCCUUUUUUGGUUGCUUUUGAUCCAUCAGUUGCCGCGUUUUUUCGUUUGACCGUUUACUUGUUUUCAAGGUUGUUUAACUCUGAAAAUUCUUGUUUCUCGGAUUAUUCGAUUUGGGUUUUGAGUUUAUGGUCUUUGAAAUGAAAUUGAGUGUUUUGUUGUUCUAGUUUUGCUGCAACUUGAGUAUCUUCUUUGGAGCUGUUCUGAAUAGGUUCGUCUUUUAUUUUUAAGUUUUUUUUUUUUUUGUGUCAUAUAUUAAGUUCAUGAUACAGUGUAAAGAAAGGCUUGAAUUUUUGUUAUGGGAUUGUUUAGCUUUCUUCAUGGGACAGAUGCUUUGGUUGGUCCCCAUUUUAUUUUUCUGGUUUUCUUCAUUGGCAUGAUUAUGAAUGAAUGUAGAAUUUUACUCUGGAUUUUUGGAAAACUAUAAUUUCUCAACCAAUCUAACCAACACUGGCUCCUUUGCUUCUUUCACUAAGCUGUUACACAGGAAAUUCAAAGGCUUUUCGCGUAUGAAUUUUGGGUUAAUCAAUACUGAUAUAUGAACAUGGUUGGUUGACUUUUGAAAGAUUUAAGAAUGAGGCGGGGGGACUGGAUUAGAUGCAUAAGCUUGAUAUGAUUGCUGUUUCUGUUGCGUAUCCAUAUAUGUCUAAUUAGUUUGCAAUACAAUUAGGAUCCGCUUACCCUCCCCUCAUUUCUUCUAAUGCCUUUAUUCCUCAAUCUUUUCGUUUACUAUCUAUUGUGUACAUGUUUACUGGUUCUAGAGUUGAUUGUUUGAUUAGUUUGAUCUCUUAUUUCUUUUCUGAUCAGAUUGGUCCUUCUCUUGUUUCCACUUUUAUAAUUCUGUUAUGUUUCGUGGCUGAAUGCAGAAAUUUGCUGUAGCCCCUGAAUGUGAUCUUUAUACAAGAAGACCUGUUUUUGUGUUCAUUUCAAGAGGAAUUAGCAGAGAAAUAUUUCCUUUUGAUUUCAGAGGAUAACGGGAGGAAAAACUGUGGAUGACCCUUAUUUGCAGACCAAAAAUUAAGCAUGUCUCUUGUUAGGUCUGUCUCCCCUUUUGGAAGUGGUAAAUUGUAUUCCUUGAAGGAUGCUGGUAAUGGCCCAGGGCUUUCAGCUAAAAUAUUCAACUCAGACAAAAAGCAAGGACUGGCUUGCUCAACGGAAUCGUACAGCAAUGAGAGUUAUGAUCCAACCUACUUUCUACAUUCCCCAUCAGAAGAAGCAGUGCAUUCAUCAGUUUCUGAUGUUUUAGAAAAUCCAUUUCAUUUGCCGCAUUCAUCUUCCCAGCAGCAAUUCAGCGCAAGCCAAAAUUCUUUUAGCUCCUCCUUCGUGCCACCAAAGCAAUGCAAUUCUAAUAGUUCUAGCUAUGGAUCUGAAUACUUGGAUUUUGAGGGUCCUGAUGCAGUUGACUACGAUGAAGACAAAAUGAAACUAAAGCUACAAGAACUUGAAAGAGCACUUUUUGACGAUACCAGUACCAUCAAUGAAGAUGUAAUCGGUCAUGAAAUGAGUAUGGAAGACGAUGGUGGAUGGGGUUACGGUAACGGGAAUGGGUUGCUCCAUGACUCACCGAAGGAGUCAUCAUCCUCAGACUCAAAUCUUAGUAGUAUGAGUACCAAUAAGGAUAUAUCUGCAAUCACUUCUUCAAGUCCCAAGCAAAUGCUCUUUGACUGUGCCUCAGCAAUUCAAGGUGGUAAUUUUGGCUGUGCCUCGGCAAUAAUUAAUGAGCUGCGUCAGAGAGUCUCAAUACAGGGAGAUCCUUCUGAAAGGAUUGCUGCAUAUAUGGUGGAAGCCCUUGCUGCCCGAAUGGCUACCUCUGGCAAAGGUCUUUAUAAGGCUUUGAAAUGCAAAGAGCCCCCAUCUUCUGAUCGGCUCUCUGCCAUGCAAGUCCUAUUUGAGGUCUGUCCAUGUUUUAGGUUUGGAUUUAUGACAGCAAAUGGUGCGAUAUUGGAGGCUUGUCGGGAUGAAAGACAAGUUCAUAUCAUAGAUUUUGAUAUUAACCAAGGAAGUCAAUAUUAUACCCUUCUUCAGACUCUGUCUAGGCUACCCUAUAAGCCUUCCCAUUUAAGGUUAACUGGUGUUGAUGAUCCUGAAUCAGUUCAACGUUCUGUGGGUGGCCUGCAACUUAUUGGCCAGAUGCUUAAAACGUUGGCAGAAGACCUAAAGAUCCCAUUUACCUUUCAUGCUGUUGCUGCGAAAACAGCUGAUAUCAGGCCCUCAAUGCUUGACUGCAGGCCUGGGGAAGCAAUUAUUGUAAAUUUUGCUUUCCAGCUGCAUCACAUGCCUGAUGAAAGUGUGUCGAUUGUAAAUGAACGAGAUCAGCUUCUUCGAAUGGUCAAGGGUUUAAAUCCAAAGCUUGUGACUCUUGUGGAACAGGAUGUGAACACUAACACAGCUCCAUUCCUGCAGAGGUUUGCUGAAGCCUAUAGUUACUAUGGUGCCGUGUUUGAAUCCCUCGAUGCUACUCUUCCGAGAAAUGGCCAGGAGAGAAUGAAUGUAGAGAGGCAAUGUUUGGCACGCGACAUUAUCAAUGUCGUGGCAUGCGAAGGAGAAGAAAGAAUCGAGCGGUAUGAGGUGGCAGGAAAAUGGAGAGCUAGGAUGAUGAUGGCUGGCUUUAACCCAAGCCCGAUUAGCGGAAUUGUGAAGGACGAAAUACAGAAACUUAUAAAGCAGUACUCUGACAGGUACAAGAUUAAGGAGGAGGCAAGUGGCCUUCAUUUUGGAUGGGAGGACAAAAUUUUGAUUGCUGCUUCAGCGUGGAGCUGAGAUUUCUGAAUUCAUAAUAAAAUGCUCAAGAUAAGAGAGACGAAGGAGAAAAGGGAAGUGUCCGAUGGAUGAUAGUCAGAUGGACAUAUGUCUAUAAGAUUGUUUCAUAUGGUUUAUAGAGGGAGAAAAUGUUCGAUUUGAACCAAAUCUUCCGCCUCCUGACCAUUUUAACCCAGAAGAAUUCUUGAAAGCCAGUUUCAUUUGGAUAAUAUUACGUUUUAGGUAAUUUCAUUCAAUUUCGUUAAUUUUAACCUUACUUUGUUAGUUUAUUAAUUAAAUAAUAAAAUUAAUCACAAAAACUCUUUUCUACUUCCAAAAUAUACUCCCUCUGUCCCAUAAUUAUUGUCUACUUUGCCCAAAAAAUUUUGUCCC